CACGAGGCACACCAUCCACGCGCAGCCAGCCACCUGCACGCACGCACACGCGACCGCACGCGAAACACACACACCUGUACCUUCAUCUCUUCACACAUCUGCCGCCACCAUGAGCAGUGCCAAGCCGCGUAAAGCUCUUGGCGAGGAGUACAUCGGCGAUGGCGGGGUGCGGUCGCGACCAAGAAACAAGCGGGCCAAGGCAGAGGGCAAGCAGUUCACGUACCUGGAUGCCUUGACGUCGCAGAAGAUUAUCGAUCAAGCGCGGCAGCAAGUGGAAGAAGCAGAGCAAGAUGAGCGCAAGCAGGCUGCUCCUAGACCACACGUGGAGGUGUCCACCACUCGAGACAGCGAAGACGAGGACGAUGACAGCAGGCGACAGAGGAAGAAGACGGCGGCACGCACCAAGAAGAGCGGAAAGAAAGGCGAGCCCGUGCACGUCUCUGGGAACGUCUACCUCCGUGAGCGCUUUGCGGUUGAUGACGAUGAUGACACAGAGGAUGCUGCGAUCGAUCCACAGGGUGCAGACGCAGACUAUCAAACGCUCUCCAGCGAGAUGGGCAUUGAUGCAACGGACGAGGCAUCCGUUGCAGCCUUCAUGCCGGAAGAGGCGCCUGCUCGCAUGACGCUGGCAGAUGUCAUCUUGGCCAAGAUUGAGGAGAACAAGACGGAGAUUCAGACUCAGCUGUCUGAGAUGGACCACACGCCAACUUUGCCACACAAUAUCGUUCAGCUCUAUCGUCGCGUGGGCCAGUUUUUGUCCACAUACAAGUCGGGAAAGAUGCUCAAGGCUGUCAAGCGCAUGCCUACGCAGGCCAACUGGGAAGAGUUGAUGUACUUGACUCAGCCGGAGACCUGGAGCGCCGCGUCCAUGUAUCAGAUUACUCGCAUCUUCUCCUCAAACCUCAACGCCAAGAAAGUCCAGCGCUUCUACAACCUGGUGCUGCUGCCGCGCGUUCGCGAUGACAUUGCCGAGUUUGACAAGCUCAACUACCAUCUCUACCGCGCCCUGAUGCGCGCCCUGUUCAAGCCGCGCGCGUUCUACCUGGGCAUUGUGCUGCCGUUGUGCCAGAGUGGAGACUGCACCCUGCGCGAGGCCGUCAUCAUCAGCAGCGUCUUGGCAAAGAAGAGCAUCCCGCCUGCAGAGUCCGCUGCCGCCAUGAUCAAGAUUGCAGAGAUGCCAUAUGCUGGUGCGAGCAGCAUCUUCCUGCGCGUGCUGAUUGACAAGAAGUACGCCCUGCCCUACCGCGUCAUCGAUGCGCUCGUUGCCCAUUUCGUGCGCGCAGAGCACGACAGACGCGACCUUCCUGUGUUGUGGCACCAGUGCUUCCUUGUCCUCGCCCAACGGUACCGACGAUACAUCUCUGAUGAACAGAAGGAGGCGUUGAAACAAGUGCUGAAGGUGCACAGGCACCACAAGAUCACCCCGGUCAUUCUCCACGCCCUCAUGGCGCCCGACAAGAGGCGCGGUAAGCAGCAGUCGUGAUGUGCAACAACACCCCCUUCAACUUCUUUUCGUUGUCCUAUUCACAUCCGCCCUGAUUAUACCACACUUAGCUUCUGCCCCAUCCUUGCUUCAUCUUGUUUGUACAUGUAAGUGUCUUUGUCUGUGUCUGUGUGCGUGUGUGAGUGAGUGUGUGUGUGCGUAGCUCUGUGCAUCUACCUCUUGCAUCUACUGUGUGUGCGUGUGCGUCUGCUCCAACAACCACACGCCGACUGUGCCCAUAAAAGGAAAAUGUGUUUCUGAUUCGAUGCACGCCACCACCA